UUUUUUUUUUUUUUUUUUGAAUUCUACUGCCGUCGCAUGUCAGAUCUCUUCUCUACCUUGUCUCUUUGAUUUUCAUCGUUUUCCUUCUUGUUUGUACUCUUUUGUUACCUCAAUUCUUGCCCAUAUCAGUAAUAUCGACGAGUGAGUGAUCCUCUGUGAUGAAUCAAUCCAGAGAAACUCCACUACACCUUCAACUAACGUGCAGUUUAUAUUCUCCCGUCUCACGAUAGGGCGGCUUUGCCAUGUUCGCAUCUGCAUUCCUUCUGCCUGCGCUCGGACUGGUCCUCCUUAUCACCAGCGCAUUGGGUCUGUUCGGCUUGGUAGUCUUCACUGGGUACCGCUUUGUCUGCUACGUGGUCGGCAUCAUCUGGGGUCAGGGCCCACGACGUGAGGUUCAGCACACUAUCGAGGGUGAAUCCGAGAAGGCUGGGCAGACAGUAGAGAACACAGCUCGAAAUGAGGCGAUGUCGAUGAAGUCGCGUUGAUUAGGCGUCAAGCGCAGGGUGACACAAAAGAGCCUUGAUGCGGACUGCAGGUUGCAUAUAACUUUGACAAACAACAAGACGCCGAACAGGAAGAGAAUAGCGGUACCACGUAGCCUUUGCACACAAAUUCAACUCAUAACAUGAUCAUGGUUGUCCUUGGUUGUUGUGUUCUUUUUUUCUUUUCUUUUUUUCACCAGCUUUGAAAUACUUCUAUGUCAAUGCUCUGUGCCGCGAGUGCGGGCUAUGAAUGGGUUACAAAAAUGCAGCUCUGUUGUAAAUGAAUAUCGUGUAAAAUCAUGCUGGCUGACCAGAUGCAUCCGUCAUUUCCUGGUCCUCGUACUCCUCAUCUUCGUCCUCGUCCUCGUCCUCGUCCUCGUCCUC